UAAACAAGUAGAUGCAGUGCAAUCCGUUCGCAGAGUUUUCCUUGCAAUCAAAUACCGCUGCACGCAAUUAACUAGAUUAUCUUUAAUUAUUGCAUCCGUAUACGCCAGCGCAUAAUAUCAGUAGUGGCUCUACAAAGUACUGUUUACGUAUCGCCGCGAAAAGCGUGAAUACCUACUCGUCGACUCUCGCGCAGCUGUCCAUCGACUUUAUAUUAACGAGUUGUGUACUCCACACGUCAGUUGAUAACAUGGCGUCGAAAGGACUUCUCACGAGUAACGCACUCGUACUAAUUUCAAUAUCGGUGGUACUGUACGCGAUCAGUUUCCCAAUACGGAAUGAGACGAAAAAAAAACUCGGCUAUCCGGAAAAUUCGCUCUUGAACUUUACCGAGCUGACCACGCAGAACGGAUACUUAUCGGAGGAACACAACGUUGUGACUGAAGAUGGGUAUAUCUUGAGGAUGUUCAGAGUGGUCAGGGGAGGGCAUUGCAAUGGGAAGAAACGUCUACCACCAGUUCUGCUGAUGCACGGCCUUCUCCUGAGCUCGGACGUGUGGCUUGACGCGGGGCCCAACGCUGGACUCGCCUACCUUAUCGCUAAUUCCUGCUUCGACCUUUGGGUUGGCAACUGCAGAGGAAACUACUACUCCCGAAGACAUGUGACCCUCGACCCAGAUACAGACGCCAAGUUCUGGCAUUUCUCCGUAGACGAAAUUGGAUAUUACGAUAUUCCCGCUAUGAUGGACUAUGUCCUGGACUACACAGGAGCGGAGAAGCUGAACUACGUAGGAUUCUCGCAAGGCGCCGGUAGUUUCUUCGUCAUGUGCUCCGAAAGACCUGAGUAUUGCAAAAAGGCUAACGUGAUGAUCGGUCUGGCACCAGCCUCGAGGCAGCUCAAUACCGGCUCGGUGGCGUACCGUCUGAUGCUAAGAGCUUUCGCUUUGGGAGAGCGAAUCCUCAGGGCGACAGGCUUGGAAGAAGUGUUAUCAAAAGGUGCUCCAAUCCAAGAGUUUUUGGCUUUCUUCUGCCAGUUUCACUGGACAGAGGACGUCUGUAACGCUGGAUCGUCUGCUAUAGAUUAUUACCAUCCAGGAUCAGUGAGUAACGAGACGACCAAGGUUAUGUACGGCCAUUUUCCCGCUGGUACUUCGCUGCGAAACAUGGCGAGGUAUGGGCAGAGUCUGAUUAAUCCUGAGUUUGUUAAGUACGAUUAUGGUAGGGAGGGAAAUAUCAAAGCGUAUGGUCAAGAGAAGCCACCAAAAUACAACUUGGAUGCUGUGACUGCGCCUGUCGUUGUCAUUUACGGUCAGAACGAUGGUUUGGUGAGCGUGAAGGAUGUCGAGUGGCUUGUGAAGAGUCUCCCUAAUGUGGUGGACGUUAUGGAAGUCAAGGAUCCCCUGUGGAACCAUAUGGAUGUUACGUACAGCCAGUACAUCGGUGAACAGUUGUUUCCAAAGAUUUUUGAGCAUUUACAAAAAAAUAGUUUAAGCAGUUAAUACCUAAAGUAUAGUUUAGUUCUUAAGGUUUUCCGGUGGUGAUUACAAAGUAUUGUGAUAGGUGAUGCCUCCGCCUGGGAUCAGCUGGUCUACGCAACUGUAUUGACAUUAUAUAAGUGCAAUUUUCGAUAUUAGAAACUUUUUUUUGUAAUAAAAAGACCGCGUAACUUACAGAACUAAAAAUUCGAUAAAAAUGGGUUUGAAAUAUCAAAAUAUACAUACAUUGGUACAAUUAAUGUCAAUUUAGUUACGCGGUUAGACCCCCUGGUCUUGACUGAUAUGCAUUUUAAGGCUGAACGUGGCUGGUCUUGUGAAAGUAUUCAUUGAUUUAGUUUUAUUAAUUUAUAAGUGUUGGCUUUAAUAUUUUUAUUUGGUAAUUUGUAAGUUGCAUAAGGGUAUUGAUUUAAUUAAAAAAUAA